GGGUCAGGCGCAGCAGACACCAGAGUCGACUGAGUCUGCGAGUACUCUCGUCGCGAACCGAACUGAACCCAAUACAUUACAUAGACAAACUACUUAGUUUCCUAUCAUAUAUAAUACAUGGACAUAUUAUAAAAAAAAACUAUGAUCGUUCUCUGUCAAAAAGAUCAUUAUUAAUCUCAAAAGUACUUAGUGUGUAAGUUACUGGUGACUGCUGACAGUUUUAAUAAAAAUUAAAAUUCUCAGAAUGUAAUCGUAAAUAUCUAACAAUAUUUUAAAUUAUGGCUCUCUCCAAGGUACAAAAUUUUACGUCAAUUCUCGGAAAUAAUUCUAAUGAAAAGAUUAAAAGUGAUAUCAAUAUGUACGACACAUCAGGAAAUAAUUGCAUAUCAGACACAAGUAGAUGCCGGGAAUAUAAUCCAUGGAAUUACGAUUUGAUGAGUCGGAAUACUAAUCACAAGGUGGAGGAUGAAGAGACACAAGACUUAAACAACAGCAUGGUAAAUGACUUGGUGUCAAAAGUUCUAGCCGACGAUCCGGCAACAGACCAACCAAUCUACAACUACAACCUCAAUCAGUACCACGAUCUAGAUUUACUAAAACCCCAGAGCCAGAGUUCUUACUUUAAAAAUGGAAGUUCAAAUUCAAAUUACGACACUCAGUAUCGCUACAUCCAGAACCAGCCAGAAAACCGGGACAUCUUGGACAUUUACUCAAACCUAGAAUCACUUUGCAUCAACGACUUGGUGUCUCAAGAAACCUUCAAUGUCAACAGUCAGUUUAAGAACGUAUCUGCGUACAACGACGAUUUUAUAUCUUCAAAGUUCACAGCAAGCGGGCUCCAAGUUCAACAUCAACCUCAAUCUCAGUCUCAGCCUCAGCCUCAGCCUCAGCCUCAGCCUCAAUAUCAACCUCCAUCACAGUCCCACCAGACACCUUGGACAGACUUCGAGGACCCGUUUGACGGUUACCAACAGUUUCCGUGUCACGAUUUGAAUUUCAACACAAUCUCACCUUCUGCCUCAACUUUGCAUGACCAUCAAGAUUUAACUCUCCCAGCAAGUGGAGCUUCGCUGAUAAAUAUCCAAGACUUCAACAACACAAAUCAAUCUUACCACCGGCCCGGCUCUGCAAUGACUGAUUUUUCAACAGACUCUGGAUUUUUAUCAAACUCUCCACUGCAAACUCAGCACUUGUCGCCAGAUUUUAAUCAUUUUUCGUCAUACCGCUACGACGAUCCUAUUAAUUCUCAAAAUUUAGCAACGUCAUCCCUGAUGUCUAAUUCCGGGCUAAAAAAUUUCGAUAAACUGGACUACGAUUAUAAGACACGAACUGAUUACAUAAACAAUUAUCAUGAUAAUGAUCAUGAAUUUAAAUCAAUGGCAGUUAAUCAAAAAAUUGACGAUCAAUUAGUUAAUAAAAUGUUCGCAACAUCAACAAUCAAGAUAAAAGAUCAUCAAAAUCACGGUCUGAACCAUCAAAAUUUUUCUAAUCAUCAUAAUCAAUUACCGAGUCAUCAAAAUCAACUACCAAAUCAUCAAAAUCAUUUAAAUCCAGGUCAAAAUUGCUAUCCAUAUCGUCUCACUCGUAUUAAUGGGCAAGGUACUACUCAACCAAUAACAAUGGACCAAUUAAAUAAAUACAAUUAUCCAUUAAAUAUUGAACAAAAUUAUCCACAACGUUACACUGCCAAUAAUACUGACUUGAAAUCAAGUUCUACUAUUAGUAAUACAUUGUCGAUGAUUAACAAUAAUUCUUAUCAAAAUAAUGUAUCUAAAACAUUGAAUCCAACUGUUAAUAAUCAUAAUUAUGAUAAUCGAAAUGAUACUGCAGUUGGGUCUAUCAAUUACAGUAAUUUAGCAGCUCAAUUACGCAACGUCGAUCCGAAUUUAUUGCAUUCUAUCAUAAAACAGCAACAACAACAACAGCAGCAACAACAACAACAACAACAACAACAACAACAACAACAGCAACAACAACAACAGCAACGACAACAACAACGACAACAACAACAACAACAAUCGCAACCAAUGAGGAUACCGGACAUGUUGAUGAAUGCUAGAUUAAUUAGAGCUAAUACUUCUGUCAGUGGUUCUGCGGGAGCCAGUGCUCCGAAUAUUUAUCCGUCAAUGCUAUCAGUCCCGUUGGUCCAGCCAAUUAAUGGGAUUAUCAACGCUGGCAUUGGAUUGCGUGGGAUCAAAGCUAGACGCGCUGGAGCGUCAAGUGUAUUGCACUUAAGAUUAGAGCAGACGUUUGAUCAGUUUAAGCAGCUGGAAAAAGAAAGGAAGAAAUGCGAGGCUGGACUCGCUGCUCAUUUCCCUGGGAAACGAGUUACUAGUGCUAACAAUAUUCCAGUGCCGAGGUUACAGGGUAAUCCAUCGAGAGCUGAUAGACUUAUUAUUGAUCAUUUGAGAGAACAUGCUCGAGUUAUUACUCUCAUUGCUAAGAUGGAGCAUUUACGCGGCGUUACUAUGAAUGAGAGAGUCCACAAAGCGAUGGAGUUUUGGCUGGAAUCGAUUAAAUUCGUUCAAGAGUGCAGGAAAAAAGAAAUAACUCAUGCCGCUAAAAGACAAAAAGAAAAUCCACAUUGCAGUCCUAUUCAUGAUGACAAAGACAUAAUAAUCCUGGCAGAAAGCAUCAGAGAACUAACACGCGCAGCACGUCUAGCACGCUCAGCAAUGUUCAACGCAAUGCAAUCAACUUUGCUACAAAAUAAAGAUCUCGAGAAGAAAAUAAUCGAAACUUCAACUGACGUAAUACUGACUAUAAUUACCAAGGAAUCAGUAGCAUCAUUAUCUUCAUCAUCAGUCUCAGUAUCACCACAAACAGACGGUAAUAGUACAUCACUUUCUACAACUUAGCAAAU